CUCUGGUGCAGAAACUUAGAACGUGGCCACUUCCAAAUUGCAAUAUCAACAACUGCUAUACAACAAAAAUUAACACAUGUAAAUGGAGAAAAAUAUACUGACACAUUAAUCGAGAAUCAAGAUUCAAUGGCGUUGAGAUUUCAUCCUUUUUCUCCCCUUUUCAACUUCCGCUCCACUAAACGAAGUCGCACAGUUUUGGCGCGCAACGAAGUCUCUGCCACUUCUAACGGCUAUCCUUCUUCCACUCUUACCUCCAAGCAAGGCAAGCCAGAAGCAGAUAUCAUUGUUAUUGGGAGCGGUAUAGGUGGGCUAUGUUGUGGUGGACUUCUUGCUAGGUAUGGCCAAGAUGUUUUAGUACUCGAAAGCCAUGAUGUAGCUGGGGGUGCAGCUCACUCUUUUGAUAUUAAAGGGUACAAAUUUGACUCUGGUCCAUCAUUGUUCUCCGGUUUUCAAUCAAGAGGUCCUCAGGCAAAUCCAUUAGCACAGGUUCUUGAUGCAUUAGGUGAAUCAAUUCCCUGUGCAAAUUAUGACUCAUGGAUGGUAUAUGUACCUGAAGGUGAAUUCUUGUCACGCAUUGGCCCAACGGAUUUUUUCAAGGAUCUGGAGAAGUAUGCAGGACCAGAUUCAGCGAGAGAGUGGAGGAAACUUCUCGACGCAAUACUUCCAAUCUCAGCAGCUGCAAUGGCUCUACCUCCUUUAUCUAUCCGAGGUGAUUUGGGUGUUAUUUCGACUGCUGCUGCUAGAUAUGCACCUUCUCUCUUAAAAACUUUUGCUCAAAUGGGACCUCAAGGAGCCCUUGGUGCUACCAAGCUUCUCAGACCCUUUUCGGAAAUCAUUGAUUCUUUGGGAAUAAAAGACCCUUUUAUACGAAAUUGGCUAGAUCUCCUAGCCUUCUUGCUUGCCGGGGUCAAAACUAACGGCAUACUCUCAGCAGAAAUGGUGUACAUGUUUUCAGAAUGGUAUAAGCCGGGUUGCACUCUAGAAUAUCCACUUCAAGGAAGUGGAGCAAUUGUUGAUGCUCUUGUUCGAGGGCUACAAAAAUUUGGUGGGAGGAUUUCUCUCAAGAGUCACGUAGAAAAUAUAGUUGUUGAAAAUGGUCGAGCUGUUGGAGUCAAACUAAGAGGUGGCCAAUUUGUCCGUGCCAAGAAGGCUGUAGUCAGCAAUGCAUCUAUGUGGGAUACCUUGAGCUUAUUGCCUCCAGAAGUUGUCCCAAAAUCAUACCGAGACAACAUCAAAUCGACCCCACAGUGUGAAUCGUUCAUGCAUCUGCAUUUGGGUUUUGAUGCAGAGGGUAUACGUGAUGACCUGGGAAUCCAUCAUAUAGUAGUAAAUGACUGGGACAGAGGGGUUGAUGCUGAUCAGAAUGUCAUACUGAUAUCCGUGCCCAGUGUGCUCAGUCCAAAUCUUGCUCCACCCGGAAAGCAUAUUUUGCAUGCCUAUACCCCUGGAACUGAGCCAUUUGAAAUUUGGGAAGGUCUUGAUCGCCGAAGCAAUGAGUACAAAAACCUCAAGGCUGAAAGAUCUGAGGUAAUGUGGAGGGCUGUGGAGAAAGCACUUGGGCCAGGGUUUAAUCGCGAGAAGUGUGAGGUGAAAUUAGUUGGAACUCCAUUAACACAUAAAAGAUUUCUUAGAAGAAACAGAGGGACUUAUGGGCCAGCUAUAUUAGCAGGUAAAGGCACAUUUCCUGGACAUUCCACACCAAUUCCACAACUCUUGUGCUGUGGAGACUCUACUUUUCCUGGCAUUGGAGUGCCUGCAGUUGCUGCUAGUGGUGCCAUUGUUGCGAAUUCGCUGGUUUCUGUGGCAGAACAUUCACAGCUUCUUGAUGCUGUAGGGAUAUGAGGAGACUUUUAAGCUGGUUUAACGGCCUGUAUUUUGAUUCAUCCUGUACAUUGGUUAUACUUUGUACAGUUCUUCCUUUGUUUACAGUAAUGAAUGUAGCAUUUCGAAUCUUCUGCUCGAAACUAAUCUUCUGCAAAUUUCUGCCGAGAAUUUUAGAUUCGAACCAGAAAAGGAA